UUCCCACGAAGCCGGACGAGGCGAAGCCCCUCGCGUCGCCCGUCCGAUCCCCGGACCCUUCAUUUUCCUCCGUCCAUCUCCCUUCUGUCAUUAUUUUUCGUCGCUUCUUCCAUUAGAUAGCGAGUCCAAAUCAAGCCGAUCGCGAAUGGAGGGGUAACGGAGCUUUCCCCGUUUCCAAGACUGCGAGGAUUUCGAACGGCAGAAGGGGGAGGAAAUAGUUAGGGUUUUGAUCUCGUUUUCCAUCGCCAGGUCCAAAAGGCUUAGUCUAGGAUUUUGAGGUGCUGGAUCUUUGAAGUCUGAUGGAAAACGGGGAGAAUCGGUUGGGAGAGAUGAAGAUGGCUUCAGAGGAUGGGGCCUCGUUGCCGAAAUCGGUAGAUGGAGUUGCUGGUGGAUCCGACGGGCCGAAGGAUGAAGCGAAGGAUUCUGAAGAAAACGAGGUUUUUGAGGAGGCGAUGGAGCCGCCACAACAGGAGCGGUCUGAUUCGCAAGAUUUUGCGGGACAUAAAAGGGGGAUUGUGGAAGUACCUCACUGUGAGAAGGGACAUGUGGGUCCUGACGAACAGGAAACGAUUGGUCUGGAGAAGUAUGAUGAAGGAGGAGAUAUGCAGGUAAAUGAUCGGAGUGCUGAUGAACAAGAAAUGGUUGAUACCGAGAAUUUUGUUGGGUCAACAGAUGCUUUGCUGAAUGAUCAGAGUUCCGAGAAACAAGAAGCACGUUUUUCUGAGAAGUUUGAUGAGUCAAUUGAUGCCCAAGUAAAUGAUCAGAGACAUGAAGAGCAAGGGACAACAGAGAUGGAAGCUUCUACAGAGUCAGAUCAUUCUCUUCCUCUCAAACAAGUAGAAGACAGGAAAGAAGCCAUGCCUACUGAAUUGAAUGGUUCUGAGAAGUUUGAUGAGUCAAUUGAUGCCCAAGUAAAUGAUCAUAGUUAUGAAGAGCAAGGGGCAACAGAGGUGGAAGCUUCUGCAGAGUCAGAUCAUUCUCUUCCUCUCAAACAAGUAGAAGACAGGAGAGAAGCCAUGCCUACUGAAUUGAAUGGUGUGGAAGCAGAUGAUGUUAUCAGUGAAAAUGUAGGAGAUGUGGUAAAAGUUUCUUCUAUUCCUGUGAAUGAUGGAGAAGUGAUUCUUGAGGAUAGCAAAGAAGAGUUUGUUGAUGAGAAUUCCAAUGAUGGUGAGCCUGAUGAGGUGAUUUCAGAUGGGCUGCAUGUAGCUGUUUAUGAAAAAACUGAAAAUGGAGGAUCACUCGAGGUGGUUUUCGAUAAGAACAGUGUGAGUUGCGGAACUGACUCAAAGGAACAGACUCCACAUGAUGAUGGGGUUGAUCAGAUGCAGGAUGUUUCAGUCCGCUCAAGUACCUUUCCCAAUGAGCAGACGAUAAAUCAGCAGAGUGAAGAAGGUCCUUCUAAAAUGGAUAAUGGGUUUGUAGCUGAGACAUUUGCUUCUGUGGUGAAGGAAGAUGAAUCCACCAAUCCUCCCAUCACAGAUGGAAUUCAAGAGCACCCAAAGGAAGGCAGGGGGCAGAGUCCUAGCUCUGACAGCAAGUCUGGAGUUAUCAAAGAUGUCGGAAAGCAAUCUGUAUUGGUAGAAGGUUUAGGUGACUCAGGUUCUACAGAUGAUGAGGACAAGACUUAUAGUCAGCAAGCACCAUCUGCUACUUCACGUUUUGAGAAUUCGGGAGGGCCUUCUUUGCCAUCUCGUCCUGCUGGCCUUGGAUCUUCUGCCCCCUUACUGGAACCUUCUGCUCGCUCUCUUCAGCAACCCAGAGCAAAUGACUCUGUUCCACAAAGGCAAUCUCAGCAUUCUGAGGAGCCUGUUAAUGAUGAUGCAGAAGAGAAUGAUGAGACCCGUGAAAAGCUGCAGAUGAUCCGGGUUAAGUUCCUGCGUCUUGCUCACAGGCUUGGUCAAACACCACACAAUGUAGUUGUUGCACAAGUUCUAUACAGGCUUGGGCUAGCGGAGCAACUCAGAAGAAACACAAAUCGACCUGGUGUAUUCAGCUUUGAUCGAGCUAGUGUGAUGGCAGAGCAGCUUGAGGCUGCUGGACAGGAGCCCCUUGACUUCUCUUGUACAAUCAUGAUCAUAGGGAAGACUGGGGUGGGUAAGAGUGCUACCAUCAAUUCAAUUUUUGAUGAGGUUAGGUUGCAGACAGAUGCCUUCCAACUGGGUACUAAGAAAGUUCAGGAGAUAGAAGGGAUGGUUCAAGGAAUCAAGGUUAGGGUUAUUGAUACACCUGGACUUUCCUCUUCCUCCUCAGAUCAGCGUCAAAAUGAGAAGAUUCUCUACUCAGUGAAGAAGUUCAUCAGUAAGACUCCUCCAGAUAUUGUUCUUUACUUUGAUCGGUUGGAUAUGCAGAGCAGGGAUUAUGGGGAUGUACCACUCUUGCGGACUAUAACUGACAUAUUUGGAGCAUCUAUUUGGUUCAAUGCUAUUGUUGUUCUAACUCAUGCUGCUUCUGCUCCACCCGAUGGCCCAAAUGGUAGUCCUUUGAGCUAUGAGAUGUUUGUGACACAGAGGUCCCAUGUUGUUCAGCAAGCAAUCCGACAGGCUGCUGGUGAUGUGCGGCUUAUGAACCCAGUUUCCUUGGUGGAAAACCAUUCAGCAUGCAGGAUGAACAGGGCUGGCCAGAGAGUCUUGCCAAAUGGUCAAGUCUGGAAGCCACAACUUUUGUUACUUUCAUUUGCUUCAAAAAUUUUGGCAGAGGCAAACAUGCUUCUGAAGUUGCAGGACAAUCCACCUGGUAAACCUUUUGGAUCUCGUGCAAGAGUUCCUCCAUUACCCUUCCUCCUGUCUUCUCUUCUUCAGUCAAGACCCCAACUAAAGUUGCCAGAGGAGCAGUUUGGCGAUGAUGAUACCUUAGAUGAGGAUUUAGAUGAGGAAUCUGACUCAGAUGAUGAACCAGAUUAUGAUGAGUUGCCACCAUUCAAGCGGCUUACGAAAUCACAACUGGCAAAACUGAGCCGAGCGCAGAAGAAGGCAUAUUUUGAGGAGCUGGACUACAGGGAGAAGCUGUUCUAUAAAAAGCAGUUGAAGGAGGAGAAGAAGCAUCGGAAGCUAAGGAGGAAAAUGGCAGAGGCAGCUAAGGAUCUACCAAAUGAUUUCAAUAAUGAGAACUUAGAAGAUGAAAGCAGUGGUCCUGCAUCUGUUCCUGUACCCAUGCCAGAUUUGGCGCUGCCUACUUCUUUUGAUUCUGAUAACCCUAGCCACCGCUACCGUUUUCUAGAUUCUUCCAGCCAAUGGCUUGUCAGGCCAGUGCUGGAAACUCAGGGUUGGGAUCAUGAUGUUGGUUAUGAGGGUCUGAAUGUUGAAAGGUUAUUCGUAGUGAAAGAUAAGAUCCCAAUAUCUGUUUCUGGCCAGCUUACAAAGGAUAAGAAGGAAUGCACUCUUCAAAUGGAGCUGGCAAGUUCAAUUAAGCAUGGUGAAGGGAAAGCAACUUCAUUAGGCUUGGAUAUGCAGAGUGUUGGAAAGGAUAUGGCCUACACAUUACGUGGUGAAACAAGGUUUAAUAAUUUUAGGCGAAACAACACAGCAGCUGGACUUUCGGUUACCCUCCUAGGGGAUUCAAUGUCAGCUGGCCUGAAGAUUGAAGACAAACUGGUAAUUAACAAACGGUUCAGAUUGCUCAUGAGUGGUGGUGCAAUGACUGGUCGAGGUGAUGUAGCUUAUGGCGGUCGUCUGGAGGCAACUUUAAGGGACAAAGACUAUCCUAUCGGACGGAAUCUGUCAACUCUUGCACUCUCUGUUGUUGAUUGGCAUGGGGACCUGGCAAUUGGCUGCAAUGUUCAGUCUCAGCUUCCUGUAGGACGAGGGACUAAUGUGAUUGGCCAUGUAAACCUGAGCAACAGGGGGACUGGGCAAAUUGGUAUCCGGUUGAAUAGCUCAGAACAUCUUCAGAUAGCACUGCUUGUGCUUGUCCCCCUUUUCAGAAAUGUCAAGAGAACACUAUGUGGUUCUUCUCAGUCUAUGUAGCAGGUCAACUAGCCUUGGAAAUAUGAGAAGCUGCUGAGCAGAACUUGCAAGAAAUGUCAGAAGGCUGGCUAUGUGCUUUUGGCAUCAACUGUGAGUAAAGCCUAGCUUCUGUGUGGCAUUUUUACUUUUCUUUAUGCUUUUAUGAGGGUACAAUUUCUGGCAGAGUCUGUUAGAUGACUUAGUGGGUCUCUAUUUCAUCAGAGCUUACUUAGGAGAAAUUGCUUGAUUUUCACUUCAUGCCUUUGAGGGCAAAUUCUCUUGAAACUAUGUACUGAAAUGAUAAAUGAUAAGCUUUAGCAUUUGAUUUUCUA